CACACAGAGGGGCACAGCCUAGACAGAGAAGGGAAGGUGCUUUGAAAGAGAAAGCUACGUAGGGAAGAGAGAAGACGAAGAGAUAUAUUUGUACUUUGUCACUCUGUGGAGAGAGAGAGACAGGGAGAGGGAGAGAGAGAGAGAGAGAGAGAGAUGAGGUUCACGGCGAAGAGCAAGAGCAGUAGCGAAGGCUGGGGAAUGGGUUUCUACUUGAUCUUCUUCCCCGACGACGACGAACGCGAAGGCAUUGAUCAUCACAUCUCCACUUCCAAGAGAAAGCUUCCCAAUCUCUUCUCUUCUUCUUCCAGCGGCGGCCACCUCAUACUCUCCAAGGCCCAAUCCACCAUCUUCAUCUGUGCUCUCCUCGUCUUCCUCUCCCUCCUCCUCUUCACUCUCUCCACCUUCGAACCCUCCCCCUCCCGUCGCUUCUCUCCUCGCCGCCACCUCUCCUCCACUGCUCCAUUUCCCUUCAAACCCAGCAACCAAACCCCCUCCCACGCCCUGCAGGGAAUGGGCGCUCUGCACCGCCGCGGCACCGCCGCCAUGAACGACCUCGUCCUAGCUCAUCUCUCGGAAUCCGUCUCGCCCCAAGAAUUCCGCCUCUUUCUCCGACUCUUCCACCGCUCGCCUCUCGCUGCAACUUCCGACCUCCUCCUCCUCUUCCCCUCCCAAUCCCAUUCCUCCGAUUUCGAAGCCGUGAUCCGCGAGGAGAACCUCUCGUUCUUCAAGCUCAUUGGUUCGAAUUCCACGGCCAAUUUUGGUUUGUCGCGGAAGAAGGGGAAGGAAUGGGCUGAGCCGAUUUGGGGGAGAAGAAUUAAAACCAAUUACAGUGAAGGCCGCGAAGCUGAGUCGAUUCGGGUGAGUUACGGAUCGGUGGUGAGUUUCUUGGUCGGCGAGCUCGACCCGGAGAACUCGCUCUCCGGGUUUCUCGACCACGUCCCGAUGAGUCUCCGACGAUGGGCGUGUUACCCCAUGCUACUCGGCCGAGUUCGCAAGAAUUUCAAGCACGUAAUGCUCGUCGACGUGAAGGAAGUUUUGCUACUCGGCGACCCACUCGGCCGAGUCAGGGCCCGGAGCCCCGAGACAGUCGUCGUCGUAUCCUCUGCGCCCCCCGCAAAGCAUGCAAAGCGGAACCCGGCGAGAACUCAGCCUCGCGCCGGCGACAACCCGGCGAGCUCGGCAGUGGUGAUGGGCGGCGCUCGGGGGGUCCGGCGGCUGUCUAGCGCCAUGCUGGUGGAGAUAGUCCGGGCCGCGACCCAGCAACGGAGGAAGAACUCGGUGACCGAGUCGACCCUGUUCAGCCAACUCGUCGGCAACGAGUUCGUGUUGAGGAACGUGAACGUGGUCAAGUCGGGCGAGUCACUGGCGGACGCGAGUUCACUCACCUGGUGGAGCUCCGACCCGGCCUCGUCCUUGUCUCUAUCAAAGCCCGCCGUGGCGCGUCGUGGUAAUAGCAAUAACAUCACUUCCACUAUUGCCACGUUAAUAUGUAAACUAGAAUUAGAUUCUUCCGUCUAUAGUGAUUGCCAACGUAAAGGCAAAAAUACAUAGAGAUAUAAAAAUUCCAAAUUCUUAUAUAUAUUUUUUUAUCUCAAUAAAAAUUGUAUAAAUAUUCAAUUUUGAAUUA